ACACACACAAACACACGGUAUCAAAAGACAUGUGAUAGCAGGGCUGGAGUGCUAUAAAUCAGAGCUUUCAGUGUAGUUGAGUCUUUGUGUCUGCGCUUAAGUGUUUUACCCUUUCCUCCGUUCAGCCUGUGUUUGACAGAAGAGAUUCCACUGUUCACCAUGCCUUGACUGUGCACAGUCUGAAAGUGCAUCCUUUGGAUUUACCCUUCUCCAGUUUGGAUUUUGUUUUGUGUUCUCUGGCCAACUCUGUGGAUUAGCUGCUUCUGGAGCCAUGGAGGUGUGUGUGCGUGGAUGUUGGCGUGAACUUUGGAUUCUCCUGCAUCUGACUGCUUUUGUAACAGGCAUGACUGGGAGAUGCAGUCUGUUUGGACGGCACCACGUUCACACAUUUGAUGGUGUUUUGUAUGAGUUUCCCGGAGAUUGCAGCUACUUACUGGUAGGGGACUGCAACCAUCGCUCCUUCACACUGCUCGGUGACUUUGUCCAUGGGAAACGGAGUGGGGUCACUCUGUUUUUGGGGGACGUCUUUGAGCUCCACCUGGCUGUAGAUGGACGACUCUCCCAUGGAGAGAAAAGACUCUCUCUGCCCUAUGCAUCCCAUUCUGUGUUUGUGGGUUCGGAGCUGGGUUUCUAUAAGAUGUGGAGUGAAGAGUUUGGCUUCACAGUGACCAUUGAUAAUGCUGCCAACAUUGCUGUGACCCUGACCAAACACCAUGCCAACCGCACUUGUGGCCUGUGUGGCAACUUCAACUCUGUAUCUGCUGAUGAAUAUACUGCCCAAGAAGGAUUCAUAACAGAGGACAGUUAUGACUUUGCAAAUUCAUGGGCAGUGAAGGGGGCCGGGCAGUCAUGUCGACGAGUCACAACUCCCAGCCAAUCCUGUAACAGCACAAAGGAGACUUCAGUGAUUUUGUCCGGCUGCAGUGUGUUGCAGACCUCCGGUGUGUUUCUGCAUUGUGCCCACCUGGUUUCCCCUGAGGCCUUUCUGUCACUGUGUGAGGAGGAGGUGUGUCACUGUAGGGGGGACGGGCCAGACUGCUACUGUCCACUCUUAUUGGAGUAUGCCCGCACAUGCCACGCCCACGGGAUCCUUCUACAGGGCUGGCUGGAGGAGAGCCAAUGCUCCCCCAAGUGCCCAGUAGGGAUGCAGUACAGUGAAUGCAGCAAGUCCUGCUCGACAACUUGCCAGAGUCUCAACAUCCAGGAGGUCUGUAAGGAGGACUGUGUUGACGGCUGUACAUGCCCUGUGGGUAAGGUGUUAGACGGUGAUCGCUGUGUGGAAGUGUCCCAGUGUUCCUGUGUGCACAUGGGGCGGCAUUUCCCUCCAGGAUCCAGUAUCUCUCAGGACUGCAACACCUGUGUGUGCCGCCAUGGUUCCUGGGAAUGCACCAAUGAAGGCUGUCCUGGUGAGUGCUUGGUGGUUGGCCAGUCACACUUCAAGACCUUUGACAACAAGUUCUUCACCUUCACUGGUCACUGUCAGUAUCUGCUGGCAAGAGACUGUGCAGAAAGUCAGUUUUCUGUCAUCAUUGAGAAUGUACAGUGUGCAGACGAUCAGGAUGCUGUGUGCACGCGCUCAGUGACUCUCACUCUGCCUACUCUGGAGGACAUGACAGUGAAGCUAAAGCACGGAGGGGUAGUCUCUGUCAAUGGGAUGGACAUCCAGACCCCAAUGCAUCAUGGCCGUCUUCGAAUCCAGAGGUCUGUUCUGUCCUCAGUGCGUGUGAAAUUUGGAGAUGACCUUCGUCUGGACUGGGAUGGGCGCGGCCGUGUGCUUUUGAAGCUGGGACCAACAUGGGCAGGACGCACCUGUGGUCUCUGUGGUAACUACAAUGGUAACCAAGGUGACGACUUCCUGUCUGGUGCUGGACUGGUUGAGGCGGAGCCGCAGGCGUUCGGGCAGUCCUGGAGGAUCAACGGAGACUGCGAAUCCACCCAUAAACAUGAGACCGAUCCAUGUGCAGUUAACCCCAAAAGAGUGCGUUUUGCAGAGGAGGCAUGUUUGGUGAUGAUGUCAGAGGUGUUCAGCCCGUGCCACUUCCUGGUGAACCCGGGUCCGUUCCAGCGGUUCUGCCGUUACGAUGUGUGUGCCUGUGUGGACGGCGAGGAGUGCCUCUGCUCUGCUCUGGCUGCCUACGCUGCUGCCUGCUCUGCCAGAGGGGUGCUGCUCAACUGGAGAUCUCCCUCCCUCUGCGACCUGGAGUGCACUGGAGGCCAGGUGUACGAGGCCUGCGGGAGUGUGUGUGACAGGACGUGUCGCUCUUUGUCUGGAGCUGAAGCGGGCUGUGAUGGAGAGAGGGUGUGUGAGGAGGGUUGUUUCUGCCCUGUCGGACAGUACCUGAGCGACUCUGGAGAGUGUGUGACAGCCGACCUCUGUACCUGCCUGCAUGACGGGCAGCUCUACCAGCCUAACGAUGUCUAUGCUGAUCAUAACAGCAUCUGUUACUGUGAGAACGGCUCCAUGCGCUGCAGCUCCAGUGAAACGAGUGACACCAUGCUGUCUGACCUCUUCUAUGAUGAUGAGCUGACACCGUCCAGAGAGAGGCGGUCAGCCCCCUGCCCUCCUCCGCUGAUCCGAGCAGAGUGUGAUGCAGGAGGAAAAGGGCUGGAGUGUGCCAGAACCUGUCAGAACCUGGAUCUGCCCUGCGUCAGCCUCGCCUGCAUCCCUGGCUGCCUCUGUCCGCCUGGCACGGUACGCCACCGCAGAGAAUGCAUCGCACCAGAGCAGUGUCCCUGUUACCAUAACAACAGGCCUUAUGCGUCAGGACACAGCAUUACUAUGGACUGCAACACCUGUGUGUGUGAGAACAGGAAAUGGCGUUGCACAGAGAAGGUGUGUGAUGGAGUAUGCCGCACUGUGGGGGAGGGGCAUUACAUCACCUUUGAUGGUCUGAAAUACUCCUUCCCUGGCCUCUGCCAGUACGUCCUGGUCCAGGAUAUGUGUAAUGGAGAGGAAGGUUCAUUCCGUGUGAUGGUGGAGAAUGAGGCCUGUGGAAUUGUGGGUCAUCGCUGUGCUAAAGCUGUCACAGUCUUUUACAAGGGAGGAUUGAUUACUAUGCAGCAUGGAGAGGUGAGGAUGAAGAGGCCAGUAUUACAAGGCACAGGGGUGGAGAUAGUCCGAUCUGGUCAGUUCUACAUCCUGCUGCUGGAGAAAGACAUUUCCAUCAGCUGGGACCAGGGCACCCGUCUCCUUGUCCACAUCUCAGCUAAAUACAGGGGGCGGGUGUGUGGUCUGUGUGGUAACUUUGAUGGGAACGUCAACAAUGACCUGAUGAGCAGUAAUAACCAGCUAGAGGUGGACUCCUCCCACUUUGGGAACUCCUGGAAGGUCAAACCCAGUUGUGCCGAUGUAAAACAGUUGCCUGUUCCCUGCAGUGAUAACCUUAUGAGGCUGGUAACAGUGGAGCAGUCAUGUCGUGUGCUCACUGGCUCACUCUUUAAGGAAUGCAACAGCCAGGUGGAUGCCGAGCCCUACGUAGAGAUGUGUGUGGAGGCAGCAUGCUCUUGUCCUUCAGUGGGCGACUGUGUGUGUUUCUGUGAUGUCAUCGCGGCAUACGCUCAGGCUUGUUCUGAGAAGGGUGUGAACAUCAGCUGGAGGUCCAAUGAUCUUUGUCCUAUGAGCUGUGAGCAGCUGAAUGCUAAAGACCCAGUUACAGGGGAGGAGCUGUGUCAGUGGAGGUACAACACUUGCAGCCCUUCCUGUCCCAUCACCUGCCAGCACCCAGACCCCCUCCACUGUUCGCUCACUUGUGUGGAAGGUUGCCAUGCCAACUGCCCCCCAGGCCAACUCUUGGAUGAGGUGACCAUGCGUUGUGUAGAGCCCUCCCAGUGCCAGGUGUGUAUCCAUGAGGGUCAGAGAAUCUCCCACGGCAACAAAGUCAUCCUCAACCACAAUGACCCUGAGCACUGCAAAAUAUGUCACUGUGAAAACAACACCCUGAGCUGUGAAGUUUGUACGUCCUUGAGCAUGUCCACCACUCCCACGCCGACUCCUCCUUCAACUACCCCGACUGCCCUUCCCUUCUCCACCAUGAUGCCUGAAGGCACCUGUGACCGUGCCAUGGAUCUGGCUUUCUUAUUGGAUGGUUCAGCAGCACUGAGCGAGGAUGAGUUCCAGGCAACCAAAGAGUUUAUCCUGGGGGUGGUGGAACGCUUCCGGAUGGGCUCGGCUCACACUCGAGCCACAGUACUGCUCUUCCACUCUGGAGUCAAAACAUACGACCUGCAGGUUCAGAAGUGGUUGUUUAAGAAGACUGUGCGUGAGCUGCAUUACACAGGAGGAGAUGCAGCAUUCCUGGAUGAGGCUGUCAAAUAUCUGGCAAUCAACAUCUACGAUAAGAACAAACGUGAGAACGCAGGCCGUGUCGCCAUCAUCUUGACAGCCAGUGCCAACCCUCGCCCAAUCCGUGCCACCGCCAAGAUGCUCCGCAAGAAGACCAUCACCACCCUGACAGUAGCUCUGGGUCCUGGGGUUAACAUGGGGCAGAUUAAUGACAUUACCAAGGCCAACCCAGAGAACAGGGCUUAUGUGCUAAGCAGCACCGAGGAGCUGCCUGAUCGUCUCCUAGAGCUGACAGAUUACCUCUGCACCCUGGGAAUGGAGCCUGAGGGGGCAAAACCUCCUCCACCCAAGCCUACGCAGGGUAAACCUCAACAGAGUACAACCACCACUCUCCAGCCUCCUCGCCUGGAGCCCAACCCUACACAACAUCUCCCCAGUACCAUUAAUCCCACCUUGCCAUCUGGCCUGUCUCCAGUCACCACAUCUUCCCCCUCUAUCUCACCAGCCAAAGAUGUGACAUUUAUCAUUGAGGGCUCUGAUUCAGUUGGUGAGGUCAACUUUAACAAGUCCCUACUCUUUUUGGAGGAAGUUAUCUCACAGCUGACAGAGGAGGAGGAGUUAAUUCGUAUCACUGUGAUCCAGUACUCAGUAACCGUCACUGUGGAGAUUAGUCGCUGGGAGUUGCGUCGGCAGAGGACCGUGUUGCUACAGAGACUGAGGGAGAUUCGUUGGAGAGGUGGAAAUAAGACAAACACAGGCACUGCUAUCACCACAACCCUCCAGCAAAUGGCUACAGUGCAGCCUUCCCCUGGUCCGACCCCUCCUCAGCUAGUCUUCCUUGUGACUGAGAACCCACCUACUGAUACAGUGACACGCCCACCAACCACAAGCACACAAACGCAUGUCUAUCCCAUUGGAGUUGGACCAAAGGUUCGUGAAUUUGACCUGCUACCCUUCAGCUUACCCCAGCGCCCACUGAUGGUGGAUGACUACAGUCGUCUGACAUCUAUUGUCCAGCGAGUUGUGAACAUCACACACACCACACUCAGGCCCCUCUCCCCUACACUUCCACCACUUGUCCUUCCAACCCUGCCACCUUCAGUACCGUGUAAGAAGCCCUUGGAUGUGUUGUUCCUGCUGAAGGCUGGCGAACAAUUUGAGGACAUGAAGACAUUUGUUAAAGCCUUCAUCAACAAUGCUGACAUAGGGCAGAACGGUACCCAGGUUAAUGUGGUUCAGUACGGAGACCGCAGCACAGCAGAGGUCACCUGGAAGGACGAACAGAGCAAAUCGCACCUCCUGACCCUGGUGGAGGGCAUACACAGCAAGCCCAGUGCACCUCCUGCCCUAGGCUCUGCACUACGAUUUGCUGUUCAGACAGCCAUUUCACCAGCCAGUGGUGGAAGAGCAGGCGUGCCCAAAGCAGUGGUGAUGCUGGUGACUGACAGAUCAACUGAUGACAUCCAGGAAGCAGCAAAUGAGGCACUGGCAGCAGGUGUAUCAGUUUUCCCCAUUGGAGUGGGACCAGACUAUGACAAGACUGAGCUAAGUGUGCUUGGUGGCAACGGCAACCAAAACAACAUUCUGCACUUGCAGAGCAUAGACCAACUACUGAUGCUACUGACUCUGGACCAUGGUUACACAGAGAGGAUCUGCAGAGCUGGUCCACCAGGUGUGUGUGUUGAUGAUAGUGGACAUGAGAGAAAGCCCGGUGAAACAUGGCUGCUGGAGGACGGAUGCCACUCCGUCCUGUGCCACCCCAGUGGGGCAGUGACAGUACAGAACCACAAAGUCAGCUGUGACAGACUGGAGCCUCCAGCCUGCAGAAACAACCUGCCGCCUGUCAAAGUCCAGGAGACCUGCGGCUGCCACUGGGAGUGCCCUUGUAUGUGUAUGGGUAGCUCCACCAAUCAUGUGGUAAGGUUUGAUGGAAUGGCUCUGAGGCUGGAUGGGGAGGGUUUGUGCUCCUACACACUUCUCACUGUCAGCAGAGGCAUCAGUGCAGGGUCAGAGGUCAAACUCCACAGCGGUCCCUGCCAGGGCUCAGCCAAUCACAACCAGGUCUGCAUGAAGUCGAUGGAAGUAAUCAAUGGAACACAUAAACUGCUACUGAAAGAUGACAUGACGGCAGUUCUUGAUGGAGAAGUGCUGGCACUGCCAUGGCGUUUUGGUGGACUAGAGGUGGUGCGUUAUGGAGGUGUGAUGCUGCAGCUGAAAUCAGAGAGUGGCUACGUGCUGGCUUUCACUCCUCAGAGCAAUGAGUUCACCAUCACACUGCUCAGCUCCAUCUCCACCAGCCACACUGCUGGACUCUGUGGUGCUUGUGGGGAGGAAAAGGUUAACGACCUCACCCUUCGUGACGGUACCUCAACCACCGACCAGCAAGCUUUCAUGUCUGAUUGGACAGUGGCUACAGAUGGUGGUGUGUGUCUACCAAGACGGAAGGCAGUGUGUGUGUCUGGAGCAGCGCUGGGAUGUCAGGCUCUGCGUUCUGAGGUGUUCGAGCCAUGUCAUGCACAUGUUCCCAUCCAGAUGUUCCUUGCCAAGUGUGAGGAGCAGGCCUGUGAGGAGUCAGAUGUGUGCGAGCUAAUCUCUGCUUAUGCACACCUCUGUAGACAGAGAGGGGUGUGUGUGGACUGGAGGAGCCCUCACCUUUGCCCAAUACAGUGCCCCAGCUCCAUGGAGUAUGAUGCAUGUCGGACAGGGUGUGUGGAGGACUGUGGUAGCAUACGAGCGUUGCCAGGCGACUGGACGGUUGCCAGGGGUAACGAGUCAUCCUGUAUGGACACGCCUACCGAGGGCUGUUUCUGUCCUGGAGGAACUGUUUUGCAUCAUGGAGCGUGUGUAUCACCAGAUGCGUGUAGUCAGUGUGUCGACCAGCAUGGACACACACACAUGUAUAUGCAGAGCUGGGUACCUGAUGAGAACCCAUGUUUGAUUUGCAUGUGUUUGAACCAACAACACAUCAACUGCACUGCCCGGCCCUGCAAUGAUGCCAAAGCCCCAGUUUGUGGACCCUGUGAGAUCCCGAGGGAGAAGAGAGAGUCCAAGUGCUGCCCUGAGUAUGAGUGUGUGUGUGAUCUGGUGAGCUGCGAUCUGCCUGAGGUGCCCCGCUGUGAGGACGGACAGACUGUGGUCCUGAAAAACCCCGGGGAAUGUCAGCCCGUACAUGAGUGUGUUUGUAAAAAGGAAGAGUGUGCCCUCCAAGCUCCCCCUGCUUGUCCCGCUCACCGACGCCUGUCAGUCAAAAAAACAAAUUGUUGCGAUGUGUUUGAAUGUGUGUGUGACUGCCAGAACUCCACUCACACCUGCUCUCCUGGGUUCAUCACCUCGUCCUCUACCGAUGAUUGUGGCUGCACAGAGACAAAUUGCCUGCCAGACAAGGUGUGUGUGGUUGGAGGUGUGGUGUAUCCAGUGGGGAGCGAAUGGGAGGAGGCGUGUCAGAAAUGCAGGUGCACCGAGUUACAGGACAAACACACAUCACUGCACGUCGCUCAGUGCACCCCGCCUGUCUGUGAUCAAUCCUGCCCCCUGGGCUCGUCAUACACCCCAUCACAAGGAGAGUGUUGCGGGAAGUGCACAAAGACCAGCUGUGUGGAGUCAGAAGGAGAGAUGCGAGGGGACACACUGAUUGGAGGACAGCUGAGACAUGUGGGUGAGGUAUGGCAGUCCCCACAAGAUAAAUGUGUGUUACAUGAAUGCAUACGUGUGAAUGGUGAGGUGUUCAUCUCAACGUCGAACGUCAGCUGCUCAAUGAUGGACACGCCGUCCUGCCCCCUGGGAACCGAGCUACGCUGUGACACGAUGGACUGCUGCCCCAGCUGUCACUGUGCUCCAAUGGAUGCCUGUGUCCUUAACCACACUGUGAUUGGAGUGGGCGAGAGGCUGAUGGUGGAUGUGUGUACACACUGUGAGUGUCAGGCGGAGCUUGGAGCUGUGAGGAAAUACAGACUGGCCUGUAGGAGAAUCACCUGUCCCACCUGCCCUGAGGGAUACACUCUGGAGAAGGAGCCAGACGCUUGCUGUGGUCGCUGCGUUCCCACAGCCUGCAUCAUGCAAAGGCUAGAUGGACACGUCAUCAGUCUGCAAGUGAACACUACUCACAAGGAUGGCUGCAACCUGUAUAGUUGUGGUUUAAAUGUAAAGGGAGAUUUGGUCCUGCAGACUAAAGUGACUACCUGCCCUCCCUUUGAUCGCCAAGCCUGCCUGGAUCAUGGGGGGAAGGUCAGCCAGAUUGGGACCAGUUGCUGUGAGAUGUGCACAGAGCCAGAGUGUAGGAAGACAGCGGGAACCCUCAACUAUAUCAAAGUGGAUGACUGCCAAUCAGAGCAGCAGAUAGAAUUGCACUAUUGUGAGGGGAAGUGCCGCAGCAAGUCCAUGUACUCCCUGGAGAGGGCUGCAGUGGAGCAAGAGUGUGUGUGCUGCACUGCCGUGGAGACGGAGCCUAUCAGUGUGCCUGUGCUGUGCGUCAACGGCACCCGUACCCACCACACGGUCCUGUCCGUCACUGCCUGUGACUGUCUGUCCAAACACUGCACCUAGUGAGAGAGAGAGAGAGAGAGAGAGAGAGAGAGAGAGAGAGAGAGAGAGAGAGAGAGAGAGAAUUAUCAUGUAUUUUGUGUGUAUCCAAAUAAACAUGCACCCUUAUAAAAAUAAACACUACAAAUUUCUGCAAACACUA